GGAAGCAGUCUUUGACACGCUCACUGCGAGUAUCGUACAGAUAUGGCUUCUGUGAUGGCGAAACGGGAAGGACCACAAUUCAUAAGCGAGAUUGCUGUGAGGGGCAACGCCGCGGUUCUGGACUACUGUCGCACAUCUGUGUCAGCUCUGUCUGGGGCAACAGCAGGAAUUCUUGGCUUAACUGGGCUCUACGGCUUCGUCUUUUAUUUACUCGCAUCGUUUCUACUAUCCCUUCUACUCAUCCUCAAGGCCGGUCGUCGGUGGAACAAGUGCUUCAAAUCUCGGCGACUCCUCUUUACCGGGGGCCUUGUUGGGGGUCUUUUUACCUACAUCCUAUUUUGGACUUUCCUCUACGGAAUGGUGCAUGUAUACUAAAAUGUUAUGCUUAUAUUUGUGACUCAAUGUUUGUUAAUGAUCAUAGAUGUAUUGUCUAAUAUCUAACACCCCUGUUUGUCCGAUGACGGUUUUUUCAUGGUUUGAUUUUACACACUUAUCAAAUGAAACAUUAGCCUGCUUUUCCUCUUGCACUGAACUUAUAAACUGUGUGACCUUAACUUAUACAUUGUAAUUGUUUCUCAGCUCUGUCAAUUUAAUGGCCAUUGUACUUAACAUCUAGAAUGAAACUAACAAAAACAUCCAUAUAGAUUAUUCUAAGCAGCCACUGAGGUGAUAUUCUUGUUAACAAACCAGGUAGUAAAGCACUGCAACUGGGAUCAUUUUGACCAAAUUGUACUAAAUAAAAGACAACACAACUAUGUGCAUUUAUGUAUCUGCUGUGUACAUUUUUAUUAGGGAACACAAAUUCUACUGGAAAGGAUAAAGAAAAAGUCCCAGAGGUAUGAAAUAAUAGAAUGUGCUUCUCUAUUUUUAAUGCUGAAUUACAACAGGACUUUAUAAAGAUUUACUGUAUAUGUAAACAUCUCAGCCCGGCUUUUCUGGUCCAACAGACCUCAACAGCAUGUCAAGAUUCAUUCUACUUUCAACUGAACACAUGCAAUAAACAAAUCCCUUCUGAACAGAAA